AUGUCGUCCCAAUUGUCUAUCCAGUUCCGGGUCAAGCCCUAUGUCGUGACUGUGAAUGACGAUGAUGACGAGAGUGGGGGCAGUGACAUAGGAACCAACAGCCGAAAAGUUCUCAGAGAAUUGGUGUCGCAGAGACUGGCCCAGGGAUUCCAAAUAGUGCAAAAGCCCAAAUCAAAGCCCACAGGCACCGUGGCCGGGGGUGGAUCGCUAAACAGCAAGCAAAAUGAGCGGGUCGAAGAGUACAUGCUCAGUUGGGGACACCGCUACCAUGUGCUGUCAUACGAUCCCCUAGAUAACAAUAUAGAAAUCAAAUGUUACACCAAGAUUCGCGAGCGCAGUCCGGAGGGGUUUACCUACCACUACCGUCUGUGGCCAAGAGCACACCAGUGUUUCCAGGACGUAGAGAUACCGUUCACAGUUGAUGCACAGAACACAGGCGAGUCCAAUUGGAACAUCAUGGAUCAUAUGAUCUUGGGGUAUGUAGAGAAGGAUCACAUGAGUACCAUGCGGCACAUCAACUUCUGGCGCACACGCUUCUGCCUGCUGCCCGUAGACCGCGGCCGCGAUCUCAAUAGUGAGGCAGAAGCCUUGUCGAAAGAGGCGUUGCGAGUGAGCAAUUUCCAGCGCUUUAAUAAACUGGUGUCGUCAAUGGGAGAUGUUGAUAUGCCUGACAUCCGCAUUGUUCCCUUCAAGACUACUGCCUCCAACAUCGUGGAAGCGUCUGGCAGACACAAAUUAGCCAUUGCCACGGACAUGACUGAUAUUUGCACCGCCGCGCAGACUCCCGACUCCGGACUACCCAUAGGCACCCGCAGGAUUCAUCUUCGUGUUCAUCGCCGCUGUUUCGUCGGCAACGUGUUUGUGGACUGGUUGAUGAAGCAGGUCGCAUCCGUGCUCACUCGCGAGGAUGCGGUGAAGCUGGCCCAAGCGCUGAUGGAUGCGAAGUUGGUGAGCUCAACCACUUCAGGACAGACGGAGUUCAGAAACGACUACAGUUUUUACCGCUUCAAAGACAGCAGCCCCAAGGACAAUGUUAAAGUAAGU